UGGUACAAAUGCGGGAUUUUUAUUGAACAAUUUGAUAUAUAAUAUUGUAUAAUAUUUUCUUUGAAUUACAUGUAUAGGAACAGUGCAGGAAAAGAAUGUUUCUAUGUGCUAGAAAUAUGCCUCAGCGUUUAUUGACUUGUCGCAACUUGGCGAUGGCAUGUUUUGCUGGGUGCAAGGUUUGUUCAGGAACUUAGUAACACUUUUCAAAAUUCGAACACAAUAAAUUAUUACAAUUUAUGGUAUUCUUCGACUAGGCCUUUUAUUCCCAGGCCUAUAGGGCAGAAUUCUUAAAAAAGUUUCAGUUAAGUGGGGCUCAAAUAUGAAAUCAGAUACCAGAAGAGAUACGAAAUUCGGUAUCUUAUGAUUCAUUUUGCAAAAAGCUCUCUCAUGCCUUUUAAGAAAUUAGUUGUCUAGGUUAAACAUAUUGUUUAGUUAAUGUAAUAUUGUUUAGUUUAGUUUACUGUAGUUUAGUUUAUGUUGGGAACAGGGACGCCGGAACUGGGGGCAGUGGGGGGGCGGCUGCCCCCCCCUUGCCUUUUGCUAGGGGGGGCAGGGGGGGGGGGGCAGAAGUGCCCUUUUAGUUGUAAAAUACUACGUGAUAAAUCACAUUUCCAGUGAUGCUUUUUCUGGGAAAAUCUUGAGAUUCAGGUAAUUUAAUUAUAGGCCCAGAGACAGUAAAUGAACAAUAAUUAUUGUAAAGAAUGAGUUUAAUUUACAAAAUUUUGGAAUUUAGAAAAAUUUUCUAAAUUAACGGAAAAUUUUGGUAUGUCCAGAAAAAUUUUUUGACCCCUAAAAUGGUACACUGACCGAAAUAUUUUUGGCGAGGGGGGGGGAGGGGCGAGGUCGCCCAAAAAAUUUCCAUGAAAAAAAAUUUUCCGGUAGAUUCUGAACUUUUGCUCUAUAGAGGUGCCCUUGGUGUGCGUUUCCCCCCUUUGCCUUAUUGUCGUUCCGGCGUCCCUGGUUGGGAAUAAUUAGCAUGGUAAUAUUUAAAUAAGUUUAGUAUAUAAAUUUGUAAUUUUGAAACAUUAGCACUCAUACAUAUAUAUAUAAGGUCCAGACAUACUGGACGCGAUUCAACAACGCGACGCGAGUUUACGAUUUUCACUGACCGAUAACUUUGAUCCUAGUUUAUAUUUUCCAAAUAUUUAGAAGCGGUAUAACAGUUUGCGUUAUUUGGUCUACAUAUCUUUCAAAAUUUGCUCUCAGUUAUAGCUGCUUCAUCAACUUUCAAAAACUAAAAAAUUGCGUCGCGUUGUUGAAUCGCCGUCCGAUGUGUCUGGACCUUUACAGUGGAAAAUUAUUUUUACAGUGGAAAAUUAAGCUAAGAUAAGAAAACACAUUAUAUUUACGAAAAUGUUAAAACUACUUAUGCUUAUGAAAAUGUCGAAAACCUAAACGGGCAUUAUUUGCAAGAUGCAAAGGAAAUAAACUCUAUAAACAUUAAUUAAGGUCACGGCUGCCGUGUUGGAUGAACAUGCCCGAAAGGAAUUGUCAAAUUUCAUCCAAUAUGGCGAAAGUCUCUUUCCUUUGUGAUUGGUUACAAACAAGAGCAGCGAAAUGAAGUUUGAUCCUGUUAUAAAUUAUAUCGGAGCUGGUAUAAUCAGUUUAUAAAAAGUAUCCCUUGCCACUGUAAUAUAUAAUUUAUGUAUAUUCUUUCUGCAUUUACCAUUUUCAGAGAACCAUGCCUAUAAGACCUACACGUCCUGCUCGUACCGGAGGAUUUCCAAGAAUUAGAUUUGUGGCCGUGUGCAUGGUAUGAGAUUUUCAAUAUAUAUAUAUUUCAUUUCAAUUCCCAAAAAUGAAAUUAAAGUAAUUAAUAUUCCUAACCUAAUGUACACUUUCCGUUAUUUCUUGUUGACCAUGCCUAUAUAUACAAAGAUGAUUUUAUAUAUGCUGAUAAACAGGAUGUCUUUCGUUUUGACGCCAGAAAUUGUGCCCGACUUGUCAAAAAAAAUUCCGUUUAAACUUUCCAAAAGUAUUGAUUUAUUUGUUCAUAAUUUUCAGAAUUAUUGAUUCAAAUGCCUAUUAGGUGUUAGGAUGAUUCCAAAUAGAAAACAUGGUAGAAGCUUCGAAAACCAAUACGUAUACUAUUUCGUAAAUUGCUGAGUGUACAGCAAGCAUGCUACCAAUCUCGUUCCCAGAGUAUGCCUGUUCGCGGGUUAUGUAGUGGCAUGACUCUGGGGAAAUCGAGUCGAAAUCGUUAUUUGAUUGGCUGCCGCGAUCAUCAAUGUUGCCGACUCAUUAAUGCGUGUUUUUUUGCGAGAAUUACGCGUGGACAUACGCGAAGAGAGUAUUAUCAAUGUUUAUCAGAUUUGGAAUGCGAAAUCAAACAGUAUAAAUCGAAGGAUAUAAUAAUAUUAAUCGUAUGAACAAGUAUUGGGACGUUGGGUAUAUACUUACAAAAUUGCAUAGUAUUUAUGAAUGACUUUUUAGCGAUCUACAGUUUGAGUAUAUUGACAUAUUUGUAUGUGGAAACGACAGCGUACAAGUUUCGUAUUUAUUCCAUAAUAACCAUGAAAGAAUUGGCUAAAUUGAUAUAUUGUUGCCAGGACUUUGGAGUGACAGCUUUUGCUUGUGUCAAAGCUUUAAACAAUACAGUACAUUAGAUCUUCCGUUUCAUGUUCACUUCACAUAUAUGUGCUGAGAGGUCACUUAACUACACAUCAAUUAUGGUCAACAUGUUGUAGCCCGUGGUCUUUGUGCUUUUGGAAAAGGAGUUAUCUAUAAAUUUAAGAUGCGAGGUGUUUUUGUAGCAUCUGUAUAAAUCAUAGAGUAAUUAAUUUAAGAAGUUUCCCAGGUUGUAAAUAAUUUGGUUAUAGACUUGCUUUGUAAAUGAUUGCCACUUGACAGUAUGAUGUAAGGCUAUAACUAAGCCAAACUUGAAAUAAUUUUUGCAUCAGGGUAGCAGUUAAUGAAACAUUUGUGUCUGGAUAAAAAGAAGUGGUGAAUUUAAAUACAGAUGUUUCCUUGUCUGUUGUUAUGUGAAACAAUAACAAUGUAGUUUGUAGCAAUAAGAGUCUUUGUGGAUGAAUACAUGGCUCGUUUGCUAAAAAUAUACAAGCAUUGAUUCCAUUUCCAAACAAUUAUUCUAUUGGCAAUCACAUAUAAAAGGAGAUACAGUAGGAUUGAAAUAGCUACCAGUUUCAAUCAAUUAAAUAACUAGUUAAUUUCUCACUUAUUUCUGUAUCAAGCCUCCUGGGUGUUAUUUUUCCCAAGCAUCAUUGAGGGGGCACUUGUUCUAAAUAUAUAUGCAAUAAGUCUGGUUACCAUUAAAAAGUCCAUAUUCAGAGUUACCGUUGUACUAUAUUUUAUUAAAAUACUGCAGAAAUGCAAUAUAAUUUAUGAUUUUAAGAAUUAAUUGAGUGGGGGCUGCAUGGUUAAAGGGGGGUGGGGGAAUUAUUUAUUUUUGUAUUCAAAAGGGGGGUAUUAAUUGUAGAGGGAUUUAAAAGAGAGGGGGGGGGCUAAAUAUAGAAAUUACAGUACCCCCAUUCCUUCCUCUCCCUUGCCAAACAUGCUGCAGGAGAAGGGGCAACUGCAGGGGUUAAAGCACAGAUUGCAAGCUUGAUGUAUUGCAUGUUAUGUACCUGGUAAUAUGCAAUCUCAUAUCCAGAGUAUGCCCGUCCACAGGUUAGGUGCUGGGCAUGACCAGCAUCUAACCUGCGAACGGGCAUACUUAACUCUGGGUACGAGUUUGGGUAAUAUGGAGUGGUGAGCUAGUAAAUAUAUCCUUGCCUAUAAUUAGUUGCUGAUUAAAUGUUCAAAGACACAUAGUGUGAAGCAUGAAAAACAUAUGGGAGAUACCCAUUGCAACAAACUUUCAACACAAGUUAUUAUAAUUACAAACACAACGUAGUGUUAUUUAUUAAAGACUUUAUAUGUGCUCCAUGUAUAUAUAAUAUAAAACAUAAUGUGGUUAUAAUAUUGUUAAAAUAUGUGAUAUAUAAUAUUAUAAACCUCUGACUAUAAGCCCUGGGCUUAUAUUCUUUUGUAAGUGAAUUUUGAUGGGCUUAUACAGUACACGGGGGGGGGGCUCAUAUACGGGGGCCUUAAUCAUUAUACAUGGACGAUCUUUUGUAUUGGUGCUAAACAAGUCAGUCAUAAACAGGAAAAUAAACAUGUAUUAAUAACACGCUUUGAUUAACAUAGUAAGCUAUAUAAAGACCAUGACAAUGUUUUUAGAUAUUGUUCUCUGCUAUAGGGGGGGGGGGCUUAUAUUUGGAAUGAGGUGAGCGGUAUAAUCACAAAAUGAGAGGUUUACAGUAUACAGUUGAAAAAAGCUUGUAUUUUCUUGUCAUAGACACACAUUUCUGGAUGCAUGUAGAACAGCUUAUAUGUUGGGUUCUCAGUUGAUCCAUGGAUAAUAAAAUAAAUUAUUGGAAACUUCUGACGUCAUUGACUGCAUCCUUGUUGAAAAACGUGACGUCACGCGUAUUGCGAAUGUUACCAAAGUUCUCGGCAUAUUUGUUGUUUUGCUAUAUUUUCCACUUUAAAAGGGUGAUCUUGAAGCGUAAACUGGUCUAAUUGUUUUAAAAACAUGCCUAAGCCACGACAAAGUAUUGAAGGUAAAUGUUUUCGUCUUUGUUUUAUAUUUUUUUACAUUUGUAGCUACGAAAUUGGCGUCACAAAUUUUAACGAAAUUUGCGAUGUAUUUUUCACUGUUUAGUGCUUGAAAUAUUUGCUAAAAUUGACUGGGAAUACUUAGAGUUUUCAUCGUAGAAUGGCGUGGUUACAUUUAUUUGCUCUUUGACUACAAUGUUUAGCUGUAUUAUUGCUAAACAUGCCGUUUUUGAGAAUUUGAUUUUCAACUAGGUUGAGGCAUCCAACCACGCCAUCAAUCCCAGUAAAAACAUUAGGUUACGUCAGCUAGUUUCCUAUCCAUUUAUUUUAUUAUCCUUGGUUGAUCCAAUGGUAAUUUGAUAUCGCUGCCAUCAUCAUAGAAUAGCAUGGCCUUGUAUCCUGCAUGCAGAAAUGCCUUGGUCAUUCAGUUUAGCCACUUGAUCUUGCAUCAGUCAGUGCAUUUAGUGGAGAUACGAGUAUAUGUCACAAUAUAAUUAGUUACACCAAGUAACAUGUCGUACACGUCAGGUAGCAGAUGAAAUAUUUUAAUAUUUGCCAUAAUAAGCCCAUAAUAAGCGCAUGCCCUGUUGGCAAAACGACCAAAACAUCUUCACCAUUUUACAAUGGCCGAGUCGCCAAGAUACAAUAUCUCAUCUUUUAACGAAAAUUCAAGCCCUCUUUUCGCUAGAGCAGCUUUAAUAGCUCUUUCAAUAUUUGCCAUUGAAUAUAGUUUGAUAGCAGUGUGAUCAGUAGCGUAGCCAGCCUGAAAUUUUACUCCUGCUAUGUAAAUUUCAAAGCAUUAUCAUUAUUCAUUUCUUUAGAAAUUCAUUGUUUUUACAGUCUAUGAACACAGACAUAUUUGCAUAGCAGGAGCAAAUAGUCAGGCUGGCUACGCCACUGAGUGUGAUUUAAACUUAAAGCACCUUUAAACGUAUAAAAAACUAUUUUGUAUACUAUAUUCUGAUGAGAAUCUGUUCAAACAAAUAUAUAAUCGAUUGUGAGUGUGUGCCCGCGCGAAUUUAGUAAGCGGAAUAAACAAAAGCAAUAAACGCGCAUGCGCCAUUUAUCUCAUUUUGGAUAAAAUUCGAUUUCCCCAGAGCCAUGCCACUACAUAACCCGCGAACAGGCAUACUCUGGAAACGAGAUUACCAUGCUACUACAAAACAGAUACGUACUGUAGUUCCAAGAUUGAUUUACCUUGAUUCGCUCCAUUUUCAUCCACAAGUUAUUAUAUUUCAAUGUGUGAAUAAAUAUAAAUCAUAAAUUUUAACCCCUCUUUACCACCAUGUUGGAUUGUCUCGCGACCAACCUCAGAACAAGCCUUGAUUUGUAAUUACGUAACUUGUGGCAAUACUAGUCGCUGAUUGGCUAAGUUAACAGUGAGCAGCUAACAGUUAACACGCCGAUAGCGUAUAAUCCCCUACCAGGGGCGGCGGAACAGGGGGGGCUAGGGGGGCUAAAGCCCCCCCAGAAGUUAAAGUGGGUGGCUUAGCCCCCCCAAAAAAUUUUAGUUUUUUCUGGAAAACUUUGAGAAUUAAGGAAAAAUGUGGGUUAUUUUUUUGAAAAUUUAGAUAUAAGGGGGAAAAUUUGCCGUAUUUUGUUUAAAAAUUGUGUAUUUCCAGAAAAAAGUUUUUGUGAUAAGUCCGGAAAAAAUUUUUUCAUCCCUUUUUUUGUAUAUGUCCGGAAAAAUUUUUGUACCCCUAAAAUGGUACACUGACCGAAUUUUUUUUGGCGACGAGGGGAGGUCACGGAAAAAAAUUUAGCCCCCCCAGAAUGAAAUCUGUUCCGCCGCCGCUGUCCCCUACGUAGAUUCAUAAAUGAUUAGCCAUAAAGAUUUUGAAUAAAACUUUUCAUUUUAUUUUUAAUGUAUAUUCACAUAAUUAAAAAUGUUAAUUUUAAUUCCUCGAUAUCUCGGGUUUUUUUUUAUCAACAUUACAUUAUAUUUUACAUAGGAACAAUGCAAAAGAGGAAUGUUUCGCUGUACUAAAAGUCUGCAGCGUUCCUCGAUGUGUCACAACUUGGGAAUGGCAUGUUUUUCUAAGUGCAAGGUUUGUUCACGAACUCAUGCACUUGUUAAAUUCAAGCACAAUAAAUGACUACAAUUAUUUCGACUAUAUAGGCUUCUUAUCCCCAGGCCUAUGAUGUCAGAAUUACUAAAAAAUUAAGAUCUUGACAUAAAUGUUAUUGAGAAUGUCGGUUCGAUCAUCACAGCGGACCAAUGAUACUCAUACAACGCUGUAUCGAAAAUCGUGAGUUUUCUCUGGGUAUACUCCAGUUUCCUCCCACAGGGAAUUAAUGUUGACAGGGUGGGUUGGGUUUAGCCCCGUGGUCAGACAUGAGUCAUAAGGUGUAAGCCUUUGACCAAAUCAGGUUUGAGCUGCGUCCUUCGCAAUUCAGCUGUAGCUCUCAGCUGCAAGAAGGGAUGAUUAACACCCCCCCCCCCCUCGCCCGAAAAAAACAGUAUAUUUGGAGUAGCCCUUGUCAAAAAAUACUGUAAAAUAUAAAUGUCUAUUCUUUCUGUAUUUACCAUUUUUUCUCUGAUCAUUUCAAGUAAAAAUGUUAUAGACAUCCAUUUAACAAUAUCAGAUAAUUUUUUAACCUGAAAGCAAGGCCUGUAUCUUUUAUAUAAACAAGUUCCUGUAACCGCGGCCAGGUAUUAGCGAGCUUAAGCAUGUAGGACGGCAACGCGGCGACGACGGCCAAAACAAAUUCUUUCAAACAAAUGAUAGUAAAGAAAACUUGUCGUAUAUUCUAAUUCGUAUGUCUUUAACACAGUAUAAGAAGAUUAAAACAUUGGUUUUAUGUUCGGGAAGAGUUCUCUAAUUAACCGAAUUUUAAGUUGCACUUAUUACGGCUUGAAAUGCAGGCGUUGCAUAAAAGACGUGAAAUUCUGUGAUUUGCCGUUUUAAACAGAGCGACGACUACGUUUGAAACUCCCUUGGGACUUUAAUUAUUUAUUUCUUUUCAUUGACUCAUUGUAUUGGUUGCCGUCGCCGUCGUGCUGCCGUUCUACAUGCUUAAGCUCUCUAUUAGAAGCAUCCGGCCGGAUAACGAAUAUUGAGAUUAUCUCCAUACUCAGUGGUGCAUCCCUAGUAGUUUGUCGUUUGUUAAAUCUGGUUUGUUGAUACCUAAUUGAUACAAUUUUUGAAUAUUGAUUCAUCAUUUACAUUUCAGGGAUCCAGGCAAUCUUUAACCCCAGUCGUGAAGCGACCUCCACUGCCUGAAAUAAAACUGCAAAGUUACCGCGGAGCAUUGAAACGUUAUCAAAAGAGAGUACGACCCAUGAUGCAACAAUUGAAAAAACGUACAUUUGGAAACUUUCCAAGAAGAAAUCGUUUCAGUCCUAAACGUCAUAUCUGGAGUGGAUAAAUCAGUUCAGGUACAU